UUUAUAUACUUAUUAAAAGAAAAAUAUGAAGAUAUUUAUGCUUCAACCGUCAAUUUACAACCGCUUUUAAGUCUCCAAAUAAAAAAAAAAAAAGAAGAAAGAAAUUCCAUUCAAACCGUUCCCGCCUCUAUACCGUUGGAUCCUCCCACAACAAACCUUUCCUUCAUAACUUCCCAUAGAAACUGAGAAAUCCAUCAAUGUCUCACAACAAUGGCGUCUCAAAUUCUCCUUUGCACGCUCAUUUCACUAUUACCCAUGUCUCUCUCCUCACCUGUUGGCCCUAAACUCGUAAAUUCAGAAAAUGUAUCGAUACCCAGUUUUGCUUUCGGUUGGUCCGACGAGAAAGACACGUUUGCUGCUGGUGAUAUCGCGACUAUAAAGGUUAAAAUACUGGGGAAUUAUGAGAGAGACAAGUAUAAAUAUACCUUCCAUCCUAAUAUUACGGUGAAUGGGAAGAUGGGCAAUAGUUCAUUGGUAUCUGGGGUUUCUUUGAACUUUGAUGGUGAGCUCAGUGACUGGAGGAUUUCGUUUGUUCCGAUUAAGGUUGGUUUGUUCAAUGUGCUGGUUACUGAUGAGCAUUUCAACGUUCUGGACUCGUCGCUGCACUUUCAAGUCACGCCAGGGAAAAUAUAUCCAGCAGCUUGUGUUGUUUCCUGGAUGGGCCAGAUGGAUGAGCUUGUAUCUGGGACUAAAGCUACAGUUGUGAUACUGCCUAAAGAUGCAUUUGGGAAUACUAUCACUUCACCUAGUGAAGAAUUAAGUGCUUUAAACUUUAUGGUGUCCGCAUCUUAUGUAAAUGGUUCUAGUGCAAAUGUGCUGAAUAUUACCCACAUGGGAUGGGAUAAAGUUGGUUAUUAUAGCAUUGGUCUUACUGCAGCCUCAGCUGGAAACCUCUUGCUUCAUGUUGAAGAGAAAAACCAAAGCUUGAAUGGCUCUCCACUGCCAUUCAAGGUGAAUCCAGGAGCUUUGGAUGUCUCUAAUUGUGAGGCACAUUGGGAUAUUGACACAAAAUUAUUUCAAUUGUUCUCUAAGAUGGAAUUUUUCAUACACCAGCGGGAUCAAUAUGGGAACUUUGUUCCAGGAUUUUAUCAAUUUGAUGUUGAGGUUAUUGAAAAGGGGACAAAUUUGUUCAUGCCUGUAGCAGACUUGAGCUCCAGAGAGAUAGUACCGGGCAUUCAGGUGUCUUCAUUCAGCCUGGAGGAGCCAGGAGACUUCAUGCUCUUGAUAUCUGACAAGGACCAGAGCAAAGCCAUAUCCAACAUGCCAUAUAAUUUUACUGUCUUUAUAGGUUAUUGUGAUGGUGUGAACAGCAUCAUCAGUGGAUCUGGUUUAAAUGAUUCUGUGGCUGGUGAAGUUGGAAGGUUUUCAGUUCUUCUGAAAGAUGCUUAUCAGUAUCCUGCUCCAAUUGACUUAGAAAAGCUUCAAGUGCGGAUAGUGCAUGAAUUUGAUUCACAUUUUGUACAACCAAGAAUAUACCCAGUGCAGAAUGUAAAUGGUAGUCGGUCCAGUAGAGAACUGAAUUACAGUGUUCUCACCGGCUUGGAAACUGCUUCUGCACCAUCUGUUGGUCCAGUUAACAAUUCAACCGAGCACAGGAAAAGUUGGGCUAGCUCUUUUGAUAUCAUUUACACAGCUGAAAAAAGUGGGAUAUAUGAAAUUACUGUAUUUUGUGGAAAUAUUGCGUUGAAUGGGGGUCAGCCAUUCAGAAAGGAAGUAACUGCAGGUGAGGUGAAUGCAUCCCUUUCUGGAGUGGUGCAAUAUGCACCAAAAGUUCCAAAGAUGAUAAAGAAUGAAAUAGUUGUGCAACUCAUGGAUUCCUUUUCUAAUCCCAUCUUGUUCCAAGAGUCAAAGCUAAACCUAGAGAUGGCUUCAAUCAACAAAUCCCGUUUCUCUACUUCGAAGUUCGUCAAUGACACUGAUGGCUUAUACAUUGGCUCAUAUUUGGCAGAGGAAAUUGGUACUUAUGAGAUAUGUGCUUCGUUUGAUGGCAAUCGUUUCCUGCCCUGUCCCUUUGGCGUGAAUGUCUAUAGUAGUGAAUAUUUUCCUAAAGCCUUUGAUGAUUCAAUAUCAGUUUCGGAGGAUGAGUCAAUUGCGUUUGAUGCUCUAGAAAAUGAUUACUUUGCUGGUGGCAAUGCAAGUAUUCUUGAAUUUUCAAAACCAGGUCAUGGUUCACUGCUGCAAUACGGAUGGCUCUUUAGGUAUACACCAUACGAAGGGUUUGCCGGAAAUGAUUCUUUCUCAUACACGAUAUCUGAUGCCAAUUCCAAUUUUGCUUCUGGUGCUGUAAAUAUAUCUGUACUCGGCAUCCCACCACAGUUUAUUUCCUUUCCAAGUCAAUUACAAGCAACUGAAGACAUACUUAGUCCCAGGUUUGGUGGCUUUCCUGGCAUUGAGAUAAUAUAUUCAGAUUUGAUGGAAAACAUUUCUGUUUCUCUCAUUGCAUGCUCUGGAGCUCUCUUUCUCUCUCCUAUGCUGAUGCAAGUUUGGCAGCCUAUCUGGAGUGAGCUUUCUGUGAGCAGAGGGGAGGGGAAAGCUAAAGAUCUGAUAUUACAGGGCCGUUUGGAAGUAAUCAAUUUUGCCCUUCAGUCAAUCCAAUACCUCGGAAAUGAGAACUUCUACGGGAAUGAGACAAUUCAUGUUUCUACCAAGAACAAAAAUGGAGUAAGCAAUUUGGAUAUUCCACUUUUGGUGGAACCAAUUAAUGAUCCUCCAUUCAUUAAUGUCCCUGAGUUUAUUCUCUUUGAGAAGAAGAAUAAUGAAGGACAUCUCAUCUUUGAUAGACAAAGACACAGGCGUGAUUUCUUGAUUGGGGAUCCGGAUCUUCUUAACUUUCCUGGCAACAAUUCUCACUUCUUGGUCAUGUUUUCUCUGGAAGUUGAUUCUGGAUUUCUGUCAACCAAACUGCCAGUUGAACUCAUCAGUACAACUGAGCUGAAGUUAAGGAAUAGUUAUCAAUGGCAGCCUCUUCAGACAUUUGUUACCAUCUCAAAACGCUUUAUGGUCAAAGCAAAAGGCAUUAGAUUUCGGGGAACAGUUAAUGCUUGCAAUAGUGUAAUGCAGCAACUGCUAUAUUACGGCGAAGAACAUGGUGUAGUCUUAAUGGUGAAAAUAAGUGAUAUGGGAAAUUACGGUUGCUAUCCAGAUUGUACAAAAAGGAUGUCGAAGCCUCUUUUGGCUGAGGCUAAGGUGCUUUUGUUAAGGAGAAGACCAAUGACUCCAUUGGUAGCUCAUGCUCUGGGAUCAGCAGUUGUGAUUGAAUCUAUUUUGGUGUUCUCUCUUGGUGUCCUACUCUUAUAUUUUACGUGCAAGUGUGCAAUUGUCCUGGUCAACGAAAAAAGGAGCCAUAUGGCUUGGGAAAUUGAACUCCCUAAGGUAGAAAGAUCCAGUUCCAGAAAUUCAAAUCCCGAUUUAUCUGAGAAUGUAACUCACUUCACUGGAUGCUGUUCAAGCACUAUGCUCAAGAACCAGCCCUCUACCUUUUUCUGCCAGAGGUCACGGGAUCAAUCUGGAAAUGGAAACUGUAGCAAGGAUGAACUUCGUUCUUCUCAAUCUUCUAGCGAUCACCACCAGGAGACACAGACACCUGUUUUAGGUCUUAUGCCGCUUGCCUCUGAGAAGAAGGCCCAAAGCUGAAUAGCCUGAGACAGUGCAGAACUGCAAACAAACUCACAGGAGGAUAGUUUCAACACUAGUGUUUUUGUUUGCAACUCUUCUCACUCUCUCUCUGUGUGAUAAGGUGUAUUAGCUAUGUUCUCCCUCUGUUAGUGAUUUGUGAAUGCAUAACUUGACAUGGUUGCAAGUACUGUGAUUGCAUAGAUGUUCAUCAUCAGCUGGUUUAGUGUUUCAUUGGAAAUGUUAUUGGAACUAACAUUUCCAAUACUGUGAAUUACACAACAAGUUUGUCAUGCUAUGCUAUGAUAUUAUGAUUUGGACUAGAAUUUGUGUGAGAAAUUAAAAGAAUAAGAUAAUCAUUUUUUUUUGAAAAAAUGUGUAUUAAGUCUCGGCAGUUGUUCAGAAUCAUCAAUAAUCAUUAAAAAAUUGAAUUGGCAUUA